CUGAGAUAGGUCAUGUAAGUGAAAUGAAUAAUGUUUGUUAUCGAGAUGAAAUUGGAGUUGAAAGGACAAACAUAAUGUAUACGGCAUUCGAAUAUUAUCAAAAAUCGGUUGAGAUGGUCGGUUGGCAAUGUGAAAAAAGAAUAAGAGUUGGAAAGGAUGAAUUCAAGGCAUUCCAAUAUUAUAAAAAAUCGGCCGAUAUGUAUGGUUGGAAUUAUGUCAUUUAA